AAAGAUUCUAAGUUCUUAACUACCUUGGUAAACUUCGAGUACCAUAAAAAUGGACUUUGGAUAAGCUUACUUUUCUUUUAUCCUUGUAGAAGUAAUUUCCGGCGAGAUGUCGCUCUGCCCUGCGCAGGUUACCGUCAGCAGCCCAUUUGCGCAGCGCUCUCGUUUGCAAUUUUCGAGCUUGCUUCCGGCGAGAAGACAGCUGCGGUGUUUGAGAUUGAGAUGCGCAUUGGGCUCCGAGAAAGGGCGGGAAAGCAGGAGGCUGGUCUCCGUGUCUCUGGCCGGCUUUCUCUUCUGGUUCUCAGUGCCGAAAGAGGCAGUCCUGGCUGUAAGCGGCAGCGGUUUGGAUAAAUAUGUAAAAAGGAAAAAGCUUGAACCACUGGAAUCUUAUGUACCAGCUGUGUUAUUGGCUCAGUUGCAGAUCAAACAAUUAGGGAAAUCUCUGGAAGUUGAUCAACCGAAAUAUGCUGACUGCAGGAGUCUAUUACGUUCUGGUCCUGCUGCAUCUCUUCGUGUUAAUAUCCGAGCAGUGGCUCAAUAUGCAUCUGACGAUGGCAAUGGUUCUUUAGCCUUCAGUAAAGUUGAUCAAUGCUUGAGUAGUACCAUUUUUAUACAUGAAGAUCGUUGGAAGAACUUGACUCAUUGCUUUUGCAUGCAUCGAGAAAUAAACAAGAUGCAUCUGUUGAAUCUAUGAAGGGAAAGACCACUGCAGCAAUCAAUGCACUUGACGAACUUCUAAAAACGGUGCCACCCAAUGUACUUGACCAAGGGCGAACUGUAGCUGGUGCAUACAUGGAAAGGUCUCAGGAGGAAGAAUAUGAAGCACCACCAGAUAUCAUGGACCCAAGUUUAAAGCAGUUAGAAUCCAUAUUGUGAAUGUGAAUACCGUGUACUGAAGUCCUUUCAUGGCUAUUUUAGUUUGGACUAAUUAGAUAUCUAUCUGGAUUUUCUUCUCACAACGUUGCCUACAUUGAUUUGAGUUUGAAAUUAGAAAAGUAAAAACUGUGUGACUAAAAUUUGUGCAAGAAGGGAGAAAUAGGG